AUGGAUCGAAGUUGGAUAUCAAAUUCAAAACCGGGUGACCCACAAUAUGAAGCUGGAAUAAGGGAUUUCGUUAAUUUUGCGGUUCAGAAUGCCGGAGAUCGUUCUAGGUUACCAUGCCCUUGUUUCAAAUGCCAUAAUUUUUUGUAUAGACGGAUAGAUGAAAUUCUCGGUCAUUUGAGCAAGAAUGCUUUUGAUAGAACAUGUACCCGUUGGGUUUGGCAUGGGGAAAACUUUGAAGGAACUCGUACAAGUGAUUCUGGGAACGAUGUUCAUGAUGUUCAUGAAGGUCCUGAUGUUAAUGACAUCCCUAAUGCUAAUGAGGGUGAUAGGUUAGGAGACAUGAUACGUGCAGCUCAAGAUAAGUUCGCUGAAAAUCCUGCCACAUUUGAGGGGGUGUUAAAAGAUUCCGAAACACCCUUAUAUCCAGGUUGCAGCAAGUAUACAAGAUUAUCUAUUAUACUUAGAUUAUAUAAUGUGAAGGCAGGUCAUGGUUUAACGGAUCAAUGUUUUGAUGAAGUACUUGAAGUUUCCAAAGACAUGCUUCCUGAUGAUAAUGUCUUGGCAAGUGGUGCAUAUGAGGCUAAAAAGAUAUUGAUUCCGAUGGGCUUGCCAUACGAGAAAAUUCAUGCUUGUCCUAACGAUUGCGUACUCUAUCAAAAUGAGCGUGAAUCAUUAAAGAAUUUCCCAGUAUGCAAUGCCUCGCGAUACAAGGAGAAGGAAGGAGUGCCGGCUAAGGUUUUGUGGUAUUUCCCCAUAGUUCCGAAAUUUAAACGUCUUUUUUCAAAUGCGGAUGAUGCACAAAAGUUGACAUGGCAUUUUUAUGGGCGGAACAAAGAUGGCUUAUUAAGAAACCCAGCUGACUCCCCGCAGUGGAGGUUUAUUGAUGGAAAAUACCCCGAGUUUCGUAAAGAAAAACGGAACCUACGCCUUGCACUUUCAACUGAUGGUAUGAAUCCAUUUGGUUCUCUUAGUAGCAUGCAUAGUACUUGGCCAGUGAUUUUGGUUACUUACAACCUACCACCUUCGUUGUGCAUGAAAAGAAAGUACAUGAUGCUUACAUUGUUAAUUUCCGGGCCAAAACAGCCGGGAAAUGACAUUGAUGUGUACUUGGCUCCCCUCAUUGAUGAUUUGAAGAUAUUAUGGGAAAAAGGUGUCAAUGUUUUUGAUGCGCAUCAAAAUGAAACCUUUAAUCUGAGAGCAAUGUUGUUUUGCACCAUCCAAGAUUUUCCGGCAUAUGGUAAUCUUUCUGGGUAUACUGUGAAAGGGAAAACUGCUUGUCCCAUAUGUGAGGAUCGUAUGAAGGGAAAGUGGCUAAAGAAUUCUAAGAAGAUGGUUUACUUUGAUCAUCGUCCGUUUUUGCCCUGUGAUCAUCCAUACCGCAAGCAAAAAAAGGCUUUUAAUGGGAAACAAGAAUUCAAAAAACGUCCAAGAGACUUGAGUGGGGAGGAGGUGUUUCAAAAGGUUAAGGACAUCCAGAUAACCUUUGGGAAGAAAUCUAGAGCAGGUAUUUCUAAGCAGGGGUACAAGAAAUGUUCUGACUUCUGGCGCUUACCCUAUUGGAAACACUUAUUUGUCAGACAUUGUUUAGAUAUAAUGCAUAUUGAGAAGAAUGUGUGUGAUAGCUUGAUUGGCACACUGUUGAAUGUUCCUGGGAAGACAAAAGACGGUGAAAAUGCUCGAUAUGACUUGAAGGAUAUGGGGAUUAGAAGUGAACUCCACGUUGUUGAGGUAAAACCCAAGAAAUACCUUCCUCCCGCAGCUUAUACAUUGUCACGAAAAGAGAAAAAAGUGUUAUGUGAAUCCUUAGCUGGAGUGAAAGUUCCAGAGGGUUUUUCUUCAAACUUUCGCAACCUUAUUUCGAUGGAAAAUCUGAAACUUGUGGGUCUUAAGUCUCAUGAUUGCCACAUUUUGAUGCAAUAUUUGUUGCCAGUGGCUAUUAGCUCAAUUUUACCUAAAAAUGUUCGAUAUGCCAUUAUUAGAUUGUGUUCAUUCUUUAACGCAAUAUACGCCAAAGUCAUUAAUCCUAAAGACUUAGAUAAUUGGGAAACAGAAAUUGCUAUCAUUAUUUGCCAAUUACAGAUGUAUUUUCCUCCAUCUUUUUUUGAUAUCAUGGUUCAUUUACCUAUUCACUUGGUGAGAGAGAUAAGGUAUUGUGGCCCAGUUCAUUUGAGAGCUCAAUGGUCCUUUGAAAGGCAAAUGAAAACUUAUAAGGGAUAUGUGAAGAAUGCCUAUAGACCCGAAGCUUGUAUUGCUGAAAAGAACUUCUAUGAAGAUCUUUUUGGAUCGUGUAGUCAAUAUCUAGAAAAUGCAAAGAUUAUUGGGCUUCCAAUUGAUAGGUUAUGA